CCGGUGCUGCGUGACUCACCAAAGAGUAGUUCAGUGCGCGACGGACUACGGAGCCGUCGACAUCGGUUGCACGUGUGCGCAUCUUCUGAUAACGCAUUUCUCGCGCGCUUCUGUCAUUUAAAACGUUAGUUAAGUGAUCAGUGAUCAUCCUCGAUGCUGUGUGUAUCACGUGUGUCGAUAUGAUUGAAACUAAUUGAAGUUUUGACUGAUCAAGUUUUGAACGAUCAACUUGGGAACUGUUUGGUGGAACUUUCAAUUUUGACGACAUGGUGUACCACUGGCAAAGUCAAAAUGUCAAAAUUUCCGGAGUGGACGACAUGGUCCUCCUGCCGAAGAUCAACGAGGACGCUAUCAUCGAGAACCUCAGAAAGCGAUACAUGGACGAUUAUAUAUUUACAUGCAUUGGACCUGUGCUGGUAUCAGUCAAUCCUUUCAAACAAAUGCCGUAUUUCGGAGAGAAGGAAGUCGAAAUAUACCAAGGCGCGGCGCCGUACGAGAAUCCACCACACAUUUAUGGACUGGCGGACGACAUGUAUAGAAACAUGCUAAUCGAUAACGAGAGUCAGUGUGUCAUCAUCAGCGGUGAGUCUGGCGCUGGAAAAACGGUCGCCGCGAAAUACAUAAUGUCUUAUAUAGCGAGGGUGAGUGGUGGUGGUGAGAAGGUGCAGCGGGUGAAGGAUGUUAUCUUGGAGUCAAAUCCUCUUUUGGAAGCUUUCGGCAACGCAAAGACUGUGAGAAAUAACAACAGUAGUAGAUUUGGAAAAUAUGUGGAGAUGCAGUUCGGACCGGGCGGUCAGCCGAACGGCGGCAAAAUCUCGAAUUUUCUCCUGGAAAAAUCGAGAGUGACCUGUCACAAUCCCGGCGAGCGAAAUUUCCACAUAUUUUAUCAGCUGGCGAUGGGCGCUAAUCAAGACAUGAAAUCGGAAUUCGGAUUGACGGAUCUCGAUUAUUAUCAAUAUCUGAGUUACGGCGGCAAUCACAGGGUGGACGGCACAAAUGAUGCGCGGGAUUUUCAGGAAACCCUUAAAGCGCUUAGUGUCAUGGGAAUAAAAGACAUGGAAGUGAUGGAUAUAUUCAGACUGGUAGCUGGAAUUCUUCACUUGGGAAAUAUACAGUUCGUCGAAAACGGCAAUUACUCACAGAUAGCCGAUAAACAAUUUCUUGAGUUCCCAGCCUAUCUCUUUGGAAUCUCGGCAGAGCAGUUGUCGCACAAAUUAAUCUCUCGGGAAUUCGAGUCGAAAUGGGGGAGUCAAUCGGAAAGUGUGGACCUGACGUUGAAUGUGGAGCAGGCACUUUAUGCAAGGGACGCUUUGGCAAAGGACAUCUAUGCUAAACUAUUCGACUACUUGGUCAAGAAAGUCAAUGCGGCCAUGAUGAUAAACUCGGACGGAUAUGAGAUCGGAAUUUUGGACAUUUAUGGCUUCGAGAUCUUCGAGAAGAACGGCUUCGAGCAAUUCUGCAUCAAUUUCGUGAACGAGAAAUUACAGCAGAUCUUCAUCGAGCUCACGUUAAAGACGGAACAGGAAGAAUACGUCGCCGAAAACAUCAGAUGGACGCCGAUAGAAUAUUUUAAUAAUGCCAUUGUGGUGGAACUUCUCGAGGGCAAGAGGCCGCCUGGUCUUUUUUUGGUGCUCGAUGACGUAUGCGCGACACUGCACGGCGGAAGCACGGGUGCCGACAUCGAUUUGAAGAAGAAACUGGCAGGAACGGCUAAGCAGCACGCACAUUUCCAAGACAAGAGCGACGGUUUCGCAAUCCUUCAUUACGCCGGCGUGGUGUCAUACUCCGUGGAUGGAUUCUGCGAUAAGAACCGGGAUGUCCUCUUCUUGGAUCUGAUCGAGUUAAUGCAGACGGGCACGAAUUCUUUGGUGCGUGAACUUUACCCGCGAGAGAAGGAUGCCGCUAAAACGAAGACUCUCAAAUCCAGACCUACGACUGCGGGUAGCAAAAUUAGAAAUCAAGCCAGCCGCUUGGUCGGUCAGCUGAUGAAGUGCACGCCGCAUUACAUUCGGUGCAUCAAGCCGAACGAGACGAAGAAGCCGCGCGAUUGGGAUCAGCUGCGGGUCAAGCAUCAGGUGGAAUAUCUAGGCCUGAAAGAAAAUAUUAGAGUGCGCAGAGCCGGCUUCGCCUACAGGAGGCCGUUCGCAAAGUUUCUACACAGAUAUGCGAUACUCACCAAAGAAACGUGGCCUCGUUGGCCUGGCGAUGAAAAGCAAGGCGUGGAGUGGAUAUUGGGGAGUAUACAUAUCGAUAGAUCGCAGUAUCAGCUCGGCAGAUCGAAACUCUUUAUUAAGGCGCCUGAAACUCUCUUCAUGCUGGAGGAAGCUCGCGAUCGAAAGUACAAUAUGUACGCGCGAAUUAUUCAGAAAGCCUUCAAAAAGUAUUUCGCCUGGAAGAGACAGAAUCAGCAGAAGCAGGAAGCCGCUAAUCUUCUCUUCGGCCGUAAAGAGCGGAGACGGGCGAGUCUGAAUAGAAAUUUUGUGGGCGAUUACAUAGGACUGGAAGGCAAGCCGCAAAUAACGAGCCUCGUUGGAAGACGGGAAAAAGUGUUCUUUGCCGAAGUCGUGAAGAAAUACGACAGAAGGUUUAAGAUGUGCAGGAGAGAUCUCAUCCUUACUGGGAAAUGUCUUUAUCUCAUCGGCCGCGAGCAAUUGAAGAAAGGCCCCGAGAAGGGUAAAUCCAUUGAAGUUAUCAAGAGGAAGCUCCCGUUUAAUCAGAUUAGCCACGUAUCACUGAGCACGCUACAAGACAAUUUUAUAAUCAUACAUACAAAAGAGGAUUACGCCAGCUUGCUGGAAUCGGUAUUCAAGACGGAAUUCUUGUCCGUGCUGAGCAAAAAAUAUCUCGAAGAUACUGGCCAUCUCAUGAACAUCAGGUUUAGCAAUGACUUGGAGUUCAAAGUGAAGAAGGAGGGUUGGGGUGGCGGCGGGACGAGGCAAAUAAAGUUCACGCAAACGGAUUACGGCGACAAGGAGAUCUUAAGGCCGUCCGGCAAAAUUCUCAACAUCAGCAUCGGUCCAGGAUUGCCGAACACGACGAAGCCUAAUUCGGACCGACCGAUGCCCAUUCGUUUGCACAACAACAACAUUACGAGGCCAGUUCGUCAAGCGCCAAGACUGUGCGAUUUAACUCCAGUCUUAACGCCGAACAAUCAGACGAUUAUGGUCGAGAGAGCUUCCCUUCGCCCGGUAGCAGCUAUGAGAUGCGCAACUCCCACGCAAGUGACUACCAACGGUAGACCAAACAUUCCGCCGAAUCGCCCGAACGUUCAACCUGUACAGAUUCAGAAAGAAAUGAAAAACGGAACGAACCAUCCUAACAAGCUGCGGGACAAACAGACUGCUGUAAUGACUAUGUUUAUCGAUCCCAAUAGCGGACCGCGAGGUCUGCUUAAAUUUCCACCCCCACCCACGGAGCCGCCACCGCCGCAUGAACCGCCCGCGGGAUUCAGAUUGCCCUUACAUAACGGCAAAGUUUCCGGUCAUCUCAAUAAAGGGAUGCAAACCCAGGAAUGGAGUGUUAAACAAACUAGUGACGCGACGGACCGCGCAAGAAGGAAGGCGGAUAAUGUCGCGUACGCGGUGGCGAAUAGAAAAGUGCCCCCUCAGAAACCGCCGCCGCCGAGUUUGCCGAAAGUUAAAGCCCUGUACGACUACGAUCCGCAAGACCUCGACGAAUUGAGCCUGAGAGAAGGCGACAUCGUAGAAGUACUCAAAGAACAUGAAGGCGGCUGGUGGCAUGGAAGACUGAAAGGGAAAACUGGUCUUUUCCCUUCGAAUUACGUAGAGAAGAUAUAAGCUUCGUGACCGAUGUUAUAUAAGGAGAAAAUAAUUGUAAUAAGUGCAUCGUACCUGUCAUUUGCAAUUUUCCUACUCCAUGAUUGUUACGCGAGUUUUUAAUUAAGUGUCAACGGGAAGAUUAUCGAUGCCAAAGUGAAGAGAAAGCGCGAUAAUUUUGCACGGUUGUCCGCUACUUGACGAUUGUUAAGUGAAAGGGUUCUUGUGAUGUGCAUCAUUCGAACACACUAUAUCCGAAAUGUCGUAAAUGUCCAAAGGAAACUUCUCACGUCGCAUAAUGUGGUGCUUAGUUCUGGUGUAAGCUUUAUCUAGUGAAGUAUUCUGUUAUGAGAUUUAAGAUGAACGAUUAUUAGUUAGUGUACAAUCGAUUUGUAAUGUCUAAUUCUUCGUGUAAAAUGUACAGCUCGAUCGAUAUUUAUAUAAUCAACAAAGUAUUACCACGGUUACCAAUGCGCAGGUGACAAAGCAGUCAUUCAUAUCAUAUAAAUGUGUAACGUUGUGUAUAUAGCGUCACUGCCAUCGCAAAGUAUGUGCAAAUAAAAUCAUAAUCAUCUCA